AUGUAUCCGUCUGUCCGUCUAUCUAUCUAUCUAUCUAUCUAUCUAUCUAUCUAUCUAUCUAUCUAUCUGUUUCUUUUUCCUCCUUUUUUGAAAAUAUAUUUCAUUUAUCAGAAUGGAAAGUAUACCCUUUAUCCUGGUGAGCAACAUCAGACGAAGAAAAAGUUUACUUUGCGCACUUUCUUUGUUUCUUAUGCCCCGCCUCUCUUUUCUAUGUUUCUUACGCCCUCCCACUCUUUUUUUGUAUGUUUCUUAUGCCCUUCCUCUCAUUUCUAUGUUUCUUAUUCCCUCCCUCUUUUUCUCUAUGUUUCUUAUGCCUUUCCUCUCUUUUCUACGGUAUUAUGCCCUCCCUCUCUUUUCUAUGUUUCUUAUGCCGUUCCUUUCAUUUCUAUGUUUCUUAUGCCCUCCCUCUCUUUUUCUCUAUGUUUCUUAUGCCCUCCCUCUCUUUUUCUCUAUGUAUUUUAUGCCUUUCCUCUCUUUUCUACGGUACUUAUGCCAUCCCUCUCUUUUCUAUGUUUCUUAUGCCCUCCCUCUCUUUUUUAUGUUUCUUAUGCCCUUCCUGUCUUUUUCUCUUUAUUUCAAACUAUUUACUUCAUAAGUUCUUACUUUACAUCACAUUCUUUCCGCACAUCUUCCAGCCUUCUGCUUCCUUUCUACCCUACUUUCCUCCUUUUCAUUUUUCUUCCUUCUUUUCGUCCAUAUCAUUUACUCUCCCUUUUCUCUUAA